GCCCAAAAGGGAGGUGUACAUGUAAAAAGGAAAAGAACGAAAGAAAAAAAAAAAUAUGCCACUGCCAAACGCCUAUCGGCAAAGGUUCCCACUUGACGAAACUGAAUUGGUAUUUUUGUUCAUCCCGAGGUGUAGCGGGCGUCCCAUUGUGCGCAAGUUUUCCUGCCCCUUAAAAUGAGGCACUGCCCGCACGCGUAAAAAAAAAAGAAGCAAACACAUAAGCGCUAACGGCUAACCGCUAACGGCUAACCGCCAACCGCCAAGCACACACGUGACACCAUGACGGCCGCGCACUACCUGAACCCCAAACUGAUGAAGAACUACGAUGAGCUGACCGCGCACAACCCCCACUCCAGCGACCCGCGCUUUCUGCAGAUGAAUCAGUUUAACCACUGCGCCUACAGGUACACCAUGUUCUGCCGGUGCGCACGUGAACUGGGGGAGGACAACCCCCGCUGCAGGUUUCAGUACUACAGAGCCCAAAUUGCCUGCACAGCGGAGCAGCUGGAGGAUUGGGACGACCACAGACAGAAGGGAACAUGCGCCAUGGAUGUGCUGCCCGACCGGCUGACCGCCCACCUGAGGCAGUGAUGCGUUCGGAGCGGCGAUGGUGUAGAGAUGGUGUAGAGAAGUUGCAGAGAAGUUGCAGAGAAGUUGCAGAGAAGUUGCCGCUACACUGCCGCCACCUUUGCAAGUUUAGUGAAGAAGCCAUUUCAGUUGUUAACAAGGAGGGUGUUUUUUUUUUUUUUUUUUUUUCCUGUUUAUUCCUCUUUGCAGAGUGGCGGAGCGUGCGGCUAGGUUGCUCCUUAGAGGCUUCUGCGGAUGGCUCCCCGAGUGGCCAUUUCAAGUGACCAU